AUGCUGGCAGCCAUGGGAUACAAAGCGGGAGAAGGCCUAGGCGCGCACAAACAAGGCAUAACUGCUCCCAUUGAAGUGAAGGUACGGCCACAGGGUAAUAUUGGUCUUGGUGGAAUCCGAGAGAAGACCAACCAAGUCUUGGAGCAAGAACGCCAAGAGGCCCUAUCACGAGGCGAAGCUGUCAGCGACGACAUGGAAGACUACGAAAAUCGAAAGCGCACAGGAAAACUGCAGAAAGGCGCUCAGAACCAAAAGCGUGGCCCUCCCAAGAAAUCAGCACGACUGAAUCCUGUGAAAUUCCGAACGGCGGGUGAGCCGGAAGAUGAGCUAGAGGUUUUUGAAACGAUCAUCGAUGCCACCGGAAAAGAGCAGCGACGUCUAACCUCGACAUCUGGGAUAAUGUCUCAGCAAUUGUCAGGCCCUACAAAGGCACAGAAGUUGACGUCACGUUUUCUGGCCGAAAUUGAUGCAAGUGCCAACGAAUGGAAUUACCGCGUUGAAGAUCACAAUGCGAAUCAGGCCCAAAAAGCCGAAAUUGCUGAACUGGUAACUUGGAACACAGAGCUACUCCUCCUUGUCGACAAAAUGAUCAACGAUAUGGAGGUUCUGGUCGGCGUCGUUAACAAUGAACAUCCGUCUCCCUCGAAGUUUGAUGAGUUAGCCGACAAGAUCUUAGCUAUCGGAGAAAAAUACGAGGACAUUGCAGAUCAUUUCAACAUCGGAGAAGGUGUUGUCAGUGCGAUCCAACCAGCUUUUCGUAAAGCAAUGGAUGAAUGGGAUCCUCUUCAGGACCCUACCUUUCUUGCUUCAGCCCUGGGUCGAAUCCAGAAAGUUGCAAACAAACGACUUUUUGCGUCCAUGAUUCGUCGAUUUUGGUUGCCGCGAGUGAGCUCAGCUCUGUUGGAGUGGAGCGUGCACGACCCGAGCUCUGCUACGACUUUGCUUGACGCCUGGAAGCAGGUUGUCCCUACAUCGAUCUACUCAAGCAUCCUGGAAAAAUCGAUUGUUCCUAAAUUAACAGACGCUCUGAAUUCGUGGAAACCAAGUACCCGAAGCUCUAGCCAUGCGUCCUGUUGGUGGCUUUUCACAUGGUUGCCAGAAUUGAAUGAGCAACACACUGACGCUAAGAAUCCCACUGGACUCAUGUCGGACGCAAAGAGGAAGUUUCGGAAAGUUCUAGACAAUUGCAGUAUUCACCAAGGGCCCUUCCAAGGCCUGAAGCUCUGGAAAGAUGCUCUGGGAAGUGAAUUUGAUCACAGCAUUGUCAACCACUUACUGCCUCGACUUGCCCAGCGUAUGCGCGAGAGAUUCUUGGUUAAUCCCACGAAGCAGGACAUGACCGAUCUGGAGGAUGUUCUACGUUGGAAAUCUUUCUUGCAGCCCAACGCUCUGGGAAUGCUUCUUAAGUCGGCCUUCUUUCCGCAGUGGCAUCGGGCCCUGCAUCACUGGCUGAUCAACGACCCUGACUAUGAAGAAGUUGGCGCCUGGUUCUCUUGGUGGAAGACACAGAUUCCAGAAGAGAUUAGUCAACUCAUAUUCAUCGAUGAUGAAUGGAAGAAGGCCCUCAAGACUAUGGAUUUGGCCAUGCAACUUGGACCUGACACCGCUGCUGCGCUUCCACUCCCAGAUGUCACAAAUCCAGUACUUCCCACCGGCCAAGAUAGCGCGCCUAAAGCUUCUACCUCUACUGCCACUUCCAAGCCCAAGCGGAAGCAUCAAGUUUUGGAAGAGGUUUCCUUUAAGGAUAUUGUUGAAAACUGGUGCAUGGAGCAAGGGUUGAUAAUGAUCCCCUUGCGCGAGGCGCACCCUCAAAACGGACGUCCCCUCUUCCGUAUUACAGGUAGCGCCUCGGGCAAGGGUGGCGUUGUUGGAUUUUUGCAAGGAGAUAUUGUCUGGGUCCGCGACAAGAAAUCGAAGGACGUUUGGCUACCAAUGGCCCUGGAUGAGAAAUUGAUUGAACUGGCUGAAAGCCGUUAG